AUGAUUGUGCUUACAGAAACGAAAAGCUGCUCAUCAGUCACCUCCGCAUGUUGCAUCUGCUCUGUCUGUUUCAGGAUGUACGAUGUUGGAGGUCAGAGAACCGAACGGAGGAAGUGGAUCAGCUGCUUCGAGGACGUCCGAGCGGUCCUGUUUGUCGUGGCUCUUAGCGGAUACGACAUGACUCUGGUGGAAGACCCCUCAGUGAACCGCCUCCAGGAGAGCAUGAAACUUUUCUCCUCCAUCUGCAACAACGUCUUCUUCCGCAGCACCUCCAUGAUUUUAUUCAUGAACAAGAUAGACCUUUUCCAAGACAAGAUCUUGCACACAGGACGGCAUCUGCGGUUAUAUCUGCCACAGUUUAAAGGCGCGGACUGUGACGUCGAUUCGGCCGCACGCUUCAUCCUCGCCACCUUCGUCUCGCUCAACAACAGCCCCAAGAAGCUCAUCUACCACCACUUCACCACGGCAACCGACACCUCCAACAUCCAGGUCGUCUUUCAGGUGGUUAUGGAGACGAUCAUUAAGGAGAACCUGGAGGCUGUGUCGCUCCUGUAGCCACCGGCGGCGGCGCCUCAGUGAAGUUUCAUUUAAAAAAGACUGAAAUGAACCAAAACAAAGUUUGUCCUCUAUGAAUAUUUAACUUCCUACAACUGCAAAAACCAAGCUCUGAAGCUUUUUGCUUCCAAAACACCCCGGGCUUUCCUUUUUGCAUUUGUGACUGAAGCACAACAGAGAGGCGCGGUGAGGAUUUACUGUUUGUCCGCUUCCUUCCUCCUCGCAGGAUUCACCCAUGCAUACCGUCGUGUUUCCCCCCUCCCCCCCUUCAUCCAUCACCUUGUCUCUGCGCCGUGCGUCACAGCCUCCUAAUGAGGCGCUCAUGGUCGUGUAACUACUCACGGGUUUGUGUUCGCCCGAGAUCCCAGACCCAGCAGGGCAUCUUAUAAUCUGUGCCAUUAACUGUCCCACUGACUUAAUACCAGCCACCAGUGAUGCGGCGGCGGAGCUUAUUACAAGCAAAACGUGUACAUUAAAAACACCCCAGAGGUCGUCUGACUUGGGUUUUAAUUUCCUUUCUUCCCACCUGUGACACAUCGGCUCUUAAACUCUGAUUUACAAAACACUGCCUCCUGCGUGUGUGAGCUGUGGCGUUAUCUGUUCCGGAGUUUGUUUCUGAAGGUUCCCCUGAGCGACCGGCGGUGCCGACUUCAGUAAUAAACAAUAUUUGUCCAUGACUGACGGAGCCUUUCACUGAAACUAAAAAAAACAUCCCAAAGUGCUUUUAUAUGAUGAAGCGGUGAUGUGUGUGUGUGUGUGUGUGUGUGUGUUGUUUUAAUCUGAAAUGUGAAUAAAUGUGACUCUGUCCUCUUUGACAGACACGAAAACAAACCUUUCAAGGUUGUGAAGCAAAUUCAGACAACAGCAGGUUGAUAUUGUUUGUUUGUUCAUUUUAAUAGAUAAAUAAAUAAAAGUAAUUUACAGGA